AAAAAAGAAAAGUGUCAAUUUAAUGGCUAAAGACGAAAAUAAGUUUAAUUUCGAAAAAGACGAGCGAGUAUUAUGUUAUCAUGGGCCUUUCAUAUAUGAAGCAAAAAUCUUGAAAAAAGAAAAGAGAGAUGAUGAAGGGGAUGGUCAUGAAAUAAAUCAAUAUUUUGUGCAUUAUAAAGGCUGGAAACAAACGUGGGAUGAAUGGAUAACAGAAGAUAGAGUUUUAAAAUACACAGAGGCUAAUUUACAAAAGCAAAAACAACUUAAAGAAAUACAUUCCAAAAGAAAACCUUCACGAACUUCUUCUACAGCAAGUAUACAUGAAUCAACAUCAACUGGAACUGCAACUGAAUUAAGAGGUAGAAAACGUAUACGUGAUUCAAGUAUAGAAAAAGCGCGACUUGAAGAAGAAAAUAAAAGGCCAGAGAUUAAACUAAUUAUACCUGAUAGUUUAAAAAGCUUACUAGUUGAUGAUUGGGAAAAUGUUACAAAAAAUAGACAAAUACUAAGUUUACCAAAAGCAAUUACAGUAGAGAAGAUAUUGGAAGAUUAUAAAGCCUCAUGUCAACCCAUGGAUGAAGAAGCUUUAAAUGAGUUUAUAAUGGGCGUUCAGCUUUAUUUUAACAAGUCACUAAGUACCUCAUUAUUAUAUAAAAUUGAAUACGAUCAAUAUGAAGAGAUAUUUAACGACGAUAAAACCAAGCAGCCCAGUAGUGUUUAUGGAGUAGAACAUUUACUCCGUCUAUUUGUUGAAAUACCUAAUAUGAUAAGUGAUUCAAAUGUUGAUUCAGAAACAUUGAGUGAGUUAAAAGAAAGAUUUGAAGCUUUAUUAAGCUUUAUUCAAAUACAUGAAAAAGAGUAUUUUACAAAUGAAUAUUCACAUGUAAAAUAAACAAACGAUCCCCCUAGUUUUAAUAAUAGUAAUAAUAGUAAUAAUAGUAAUAAUCAUAAUAAAAAGUAGCUAUUAAAAUAGGCUUCUCUUUAGAUAUAAUGCAUGCAUAAUAUUAGUGGAUAGUGCGUAUAUUACAAGUGUACUUAUUCAUUAUUAGCACUUAUAUCUAUUUAAUGAAGAACUUUUUAUUGUUAUUAAAUUUGUAGGGUUAGUGUUGUUAUUACUGGUUUCAGUGAUCUUUGCUUGUUCUGCUGUUCUUGUAAAUAAUUGGAACUUUUGUUUAAUAGAAUUAAUAACUAACUUGAAGAAGAUUAAGAAUAGAAUAAUAUAAUACAGAGUCAUCAUUAUAGAGUAAAUAAA